CUUGCUGCAUUGUCGCCUGCCUCUGCUAGAAUUAUAAGUAAUAUCGAAUCAGGCUUCUUAGACUCUACCAAAGGCUUCUCUGGUGUAGGGUGUGAAUGAAUGUUUGUUCUAAAUUCUAGAAAGGGAAGCAGAUACCACAGGCUACAAGUCAUGCCUGUGUUGGCGUGAAGAAGUGUGUGUGUGUGUGUAUGAGUGUCUGUAUGUGUGUGGCAGAUCUUAUGGUGCAACCAUGACAAGAGCAGCACUGACUAAACUCCUCAUCCUCGUGAUCCUCGCCUUCAUCAUCUGCCUCCCAGAAUUCUUCACAUUGUACAGAGUAUCAAAAGUGAACUUCCUUUGCCUGUCCUACCGACCCUGUGAGCAAGAUAAUCCGAUUAAGGAGGGGGAAAAUGGGAAGAUUGGGGAUGCUGAAAUUAGGAGAAAGAAUAUGUGUGACCCUUCACAGACUCCAGAAAGUGAAAAGUGGGAGCAGGACUGCAUGGAGGAGCAUCAAAGCAACACGACAGAUCCUGAGUUAGACUCCAGCAGAGGAGGCGAAGACCCAGAAAAGAGCUGGUUCAUGUGUAAAACAGAUGUGAACAUAGCAGAAUUACAAAGCAACACCUCAUCUUCAGUUCUAAAAGUACAUUUCGAGGUGUCGGUGGAGCUUCAACUUAGAGAUGCAGAGACCCUGAGUCUCACCUUGUACGGCAGCAGUAAUCACAGCUCCUUACACCUCCACUCACCUGAGGAGGAGAAGGAGGAGGAGGAGGAGGAGGAUGACGAAGGACAGAGGAAGGCCUUUUACUGCUGUCUGCCUGUCCUGCCCACCUCAGAAUCAGCCAAUCAAAGCCGCUGUCUCCUUUGGCUCGCCAAUCAAACACUUUUGACUGAAACAGCAAAGAAAAAGCUGCCAUGGAAACGGACACAGAAAGAUGAGUGGCAGUGUGUGUUCAGGGUGCUCUGGCUGGCUCUGCUGUGUGUAGUGAUGCUGACUAUUUUCACAACUGUGUUUGGACAAAUCUACUGGAAGAGACGCUCAUGCAAAAAUCCUAAGGUGCACCCUGUUGGUUACGACAUCACUGGACAGCAGUUGAACGAUGGUGAGCACACCGAGAUCAUUAUUCCCAAAGGGAUGAUCCUUCACUCUUAUGGGUCCCGACCUAAAUCAGGACUGACACCCAUUCAAGAAGUUGACGCUCAAGAUGAAAUAGAAACUCUGCUGGAUGGAAAUGUCGACCACUGCUAUACAGCAAAUCAUCUGCAUCAUCGCAUCCAUCCCUCCACUUCCUCCCUCACAGAGGAACAGGCCUGGUGACAGAGGAGCAGCCAGAGGAGCAAACAAAUGGACUUAAAAGAGCACUCGAUAAAAAUCAAAAAUGACCGCUUCAAUUACCAGCCACCUUUAUGGUGAAAAUAAAAACAUCUGUGACACAUGAA